UUUUUAAUCAGUUUGUUAAGGGGCCACAGAUGAUGAAGGUCUGCAUGAUCAGAAAUAUCGCAGCGACACCAGAUUAUGAUUUGGAAGAUUUGCUUUGAUAUGAGGUGGAAGGAUAGACUGCAGAAUGUGAAGGGCGUUGCAGCUGGAGUCAUGUCCGCACUCUGCUGGGCCAUUGGUACAAUUCAACUGAAAUUCGUGCAGGAAGAUGCUUCUUUUCUCCAGUUCAUGACAAUCCGGUGCAUUUUCAUAACUUUUGUUUCUGUGCCAUUCUUAUUCGUAAGAAAGGAGCCAUUCUUUGUGAAUAACCAGUGGUUAUGGUUGUCCGCCAUAUUUGAUAUAACAGCAACGUUUUGUAUCAUUCUAUCCUUCGCCAACAUGGCCUACGCCGACGCCAGCGCCAUCUUUUUCUCUCAAUCAGUUUUUAUCGGAGUGUUCGGAUUCCUGUUUUUCAAGGAACGUUGUGGCGUUUUCGAGACAAUUAUAACGGCACUGACAGUUUUGGGGGUAAUUUUGGUCGUCCAACCGGCUUCCAUUGUUAAUUUGCUAAAUAUUUCAACACUGUUGAAAAAUAACACAGGGCCAACAACGUCUGGACACCAUGCCAACAGAGGUCACCACCAAAAUCUCGCGAUAUUCAGCAUUCCAAGAUGGCAGGCAUGCUUGAUUGCUGUUCUGGCAGCCAUCUUGUGCGCGCUUUCCGCUCUUUUUACACGAAAAUGUGUUAGUUCUGGUCAUGGACCCUUUACCCUACUCUUUCAGUUUAAAUCGUUUGGCAUGAUCUGUUAUUUCCUCAUACUUUACAUUGUCGGUGAUUUUGAUUUUCCCUACACUCUGUUGGACUGUGGAUAUUUAUUCGUGGCGGCAUUCGGUAAUUGGUUGGGAUACCUAAUCUACUUUUACGCUCUGAAGUGGGAAAAAGCAGCUGUUGUCUCAAUCUCAAGAACUACUGAAGUAGCAUUCGCCUACAUUUUGCAAAUCAUAUUUAUAUCAGCUGAUGUGAAUAUUGCCAGUAUUUCUGGAGCAGCGAUUAUAACAUGUUCAGCCUGUGCGUGCGGAUUACUAAGUCUUCGGCGAGAGGACGGAUCCGCUGCUGUAAAUGAUGGCCAAAAUGAGCCACUGUUUAAGGAGACCACGCACGAUUAAGGCCGAUGCUAAAUGGAGGAACAGGUUUCUUCCGUAAGACAUGCUUUUUCUCUUUUGGAAGCCUCAGAAAGAUCAGCAGAUCAUUUUAGGGUUACAUGUAUU